AUGGCUGAUUCGUCAAAACCCGCUGCCGACCCGGCUCCCUACCACGAUGCCACCGAGGGCGUCCACCACAACCCGGAUCCCGCCCUGGAGCCCGCUCACCAGCACCAGCAUCACCACAAGCAUCACUCGGACCGGGUCGACGCUGCCGGCCAUGACGAUGCCGUCUACACAAAGGGCACCAACCUGGACGCGACGCUGGUGCCCGUCCAGGACCACACCCACGACGUGCGCAGCAUCGACAAGGAGCACAUUCACACGCCGCCCGACUACAGCGACCACGAAAAGGUCGGCCAGACGGGCAUCGUGCGCACGGGCAUCGACCCGGACGAGACGGGCUCGCAGCGCCGCUGGUACUUUGGCGUGCCCUACCGCUACUUCCGCGCCUUUGUCCACAUCUUCAUCUUCCUGCUCUUCACCGGCUGGUGGAUUGCGUCGCUGAUCCUGCACCGCGACGACAAGAACUGGGUCAUUCCCUUCCUGCUGUGGCUGGCCAUCUCCAUCCGCCUCUUCUUCUUCCACGUGCCCGUGCGCUACCUCUCCAACGCCAUCAAGUGGGUGUGGCAGCGAACGGCUCUCGUCGUCUACGACCGCAUCCCCGAGAAGCUGCGCACUCCCGCCGGUGCUGUCGUGGCCCUCGCCACCGUCCUUGUUGGCUCCUUCGCCUCCGAGGAGAGCGCCGACAACACGCGCGCCAACCGUGCCGUCAGCUUGUUUGGCAUGCUCGUUAUCCUCUUUGGCUUCUGGAUCACCAGCAACUCCCGCAAGCACGUCAACUGGCGAACCGUCAUCGGCGGCAUGCUGGGCCAGUACAUCAUUGGUCUCUUUGUCCUGCGAACCGGCGUCGGUUACGACAUCUUCAAGUUCAUUGCUGAUCGUGCCGGCGACUUGCUCGGCUUCGCUCACGAUGGUGUUGCCUUUUUGACCACCCCCGACGUGGCCGCGCUCCCCUGGUUCUUCUUUGGCGUCAUCCCCGCCAUCAUCUUCUUCAUCUCCCUGGUGCAGGUCUUGUACUACAUUGGCUUCAUCCAGUGGUUCAUCAAGAAGGUGGCCAUCUUCGUCUUCUGGGCUCUCAAUGCCUCCGGUGCCGAGGCCGUCGUCGCUGCCGCCACCCCCUUCAUCGGCCAGGGAGAGUCUGCCAUGUUGGUCCGUCCCUUCGUCCCCCACAUGACCAAUGCCGAGCUUCACCAGGUCUUGACCUGUGGUUUCGCCACCAUUUCCGGCUCCGUCCUGGUUGGCUACAUUGGUCUUGGUCUCAACGCCGAGGCGCUCGUCUCCUCUUGCAUCAUGUCCAUCCCCGCCUCCCUCGCCAUCUCCAAGCUUCGCUAUCCCGAGACCGAGGAGACUCUCACCGCUGGCCGUGUCGUCAUCCCCGACGACGACGAGCACAAGGCUGAAAACGCCCUGCACGCCUUUGCCAACGGUGCUUGGCUCGGAAUCAAGAUUGGUGGCACCAUUAUUGCCUCGCUGCUCUGCAUUCUCGCGGCCGUCGGUCUCAUCAACGGCCUCCUUACCUGGUGGGGUCACUACAUCAACAUCAACCACCCUACCUUGACUCUCCAGACCAUUCUGUCCUACAUCUUCUACCCGGUUGCUUUCCUGCUUGGUGUUCCUCGAGACGGCGAUCUCCUCAGGGUUGCCAAGCUCAUUGCCGAGAAGGUCAUCACCAACGAGUACAAUGCCUUCAACGCCAUGGCCACCGACCCAUACUACGCCGACAUGUCUCCUCGCUCCCAGCUCAUUGCCACCUACGCCCUCUGCGGCUUCGGCAACAUUGGCUCCCUGGGUAUCCAGAUUGGUAUUCUGAGCCAGCUGGCCCCGUCCCGUGGUGGUGACGUCUCCCGACUUGCCCUUUCUGCCCUCAUCGCUGGUGUCUUCUCAACCUUGACCUCGGCCUCCGUCGCUGGUCUUGUCGUUACCACCCAGCUCUCCCACUUUACCAGGCCUCCGGCGUCUGGUUAG